AUGGGCAGCACUCUUAGACUUCUGACUUCCGAGUUGCAUUUGAUUGAACCACUUAAGGUAUUUAUUAUCAAUGUUGUCGGCGUUGCGAACACUCCAUUUCCGACGAGAAGCUUUCGUUUAAUCAGAGUGAGAUCCGGGCCAUUGUCCAAAAAUGCGUAAGCUUCGACGUUUCCUGUUGGAGUUGCUAACAUGACAGAAAUAACUCCCAGUCGUGAUGGUACAUACAUGAUUCCAGUCAGGGCACAAAGCCCUUGAUUCUUGUAAUGUUCGCUGAUUGUUUUCCGAGGCCAUUACAUGCAAAAGCGUAUGAUGUCGUUUUUUGCACCCGGACUGACCACAAAGUGCUCUGGAACUGCCCACCUUGGCCAAAUGCGUAUUACCAAGACAAACAAAACACUCUUUGUGUACCCGCGGACAAUUCCCUCGAUCUGCAACACCCAUCGAAAGUAAACGUGGGCAAUUUGCCGCAUCAUGUGCAUUAGAACAUAUGUAACAUGGCCGGUGAUCUGGUUCGACACUGGAAAUGGCAAAUAUGUUGGGUUUGUCCCGUUUUUUGAUAUUGGGCCGUGGCAGUAAAGGGCAGUUGCGAGAGCUUGACAUCACCAUCUUGAGAUAUUUGUCCUAAACGACGUCUUGCUAUCCUAGCUCGAGUAUUUACGAAUUCCGUGAAUCCUGCAAAAUUUGGAUCUCUACCAUUUAUAGAUAUUUUGUCAGCAACUUCAGCCCAUUAGAUCUGCAUAAAAAAAACGGUAAAAAGCGGACAAUUCGCGCUAGGACACAGCGAUUGUAGGUCAGAGACGUAGUUCGUUUGCGUGAGCGCUAUAUAACAACUUUUCAUUUUUACGCACAAAUCUCAAAGUGCCUUUGCAGUCUGGUUAACUUGGCGUGCCUGUCUGAAGACACCAUCCAUAAGAGCAUUAGCCACUACAUGUGGCUUGCCAAAUAAGCUGCUCAAUAUUUCCCGUGCUCUUGAAUAAGCCAACGGUGAGGGCAGCAUGACGCACUCUUCUAUGGCAGCUCUCGCACCACCUCUGCAAUAGUGAAUCAAGUACAGAAGCCUCUGUCCAGCAUCUUCAACUUUCCGCCAAGCCCUGGUAAGCGCCUCGAACAGCGGGCUAAGCCAGGUAAAGGCAUCCGGUGUUGUGUGUCCCCACAAUGCUUCCCUUGCCUUCCCCAUCCCCCACCCCAAAAAGUCUUACUGAGAGGGCAGCAUACAAACCUGUCGGCAGUCCAGGCUAAUUCGGGUGGCUCUCCACUAGACAAAGCCUUGACCCAUAGUGGAGUUCGCCAAUCGUCUGAGAUGACUAGGCAGCCCUAUUUAGGGAUAGCACUGCUUAUCCCCUGGUAGGGGAAGGGUAAGGAAUGGAGCCCUAAACAAAUGCUGGGGAAUCACGCCAUCUGCCAGUAUACCGUGGUUUGCGGAUGCAAAAUCGCGAUCGAAACACUAUAACGAAUAACAACCACCCUUUCCCCCGCCCCACUCCACAGGCUGCUAGGGUGAGUCCGCUCACUCUGACACACUAGAAUGCGCUUCCUCUUUUAGACAACCAGAGGGGCAACAGACCGGCAAGAAGGACGGCGCCAGUAGUUCGAGAACUGGCGCGCCACAAGGUGGAGAUGGCUGAUCUCAGCAAAAACCGCGUCUCUGAACAGAGUCUGUUGGAAGAAAGGGUGCCGGCAACACCUUCUUUUGGAGUGGCUGCCCGAAGUCAUGGCAACAAGACGUGGGCGUCGCCUUUACCAUCCGGAACGGCAUUGUGGGACGACUGCCCUGUCUGCCGCAGAUCAUCAACGACCGACUGAUGACCCCCGUGCCUGCAUCUACGGGACUCUAAAUUCGCCACCAUCAUCAGCGCCUACGCCCCCUCCCCCUCCAAAUGACCAGCUCCGAUGAGGAAAAAACAAAUUCUACGAGGACCUGCGCGUCCUCCUGGCAUCUGUGCCGAAGACGGACGGACUGGCUACUCUUGGUCGGCACAGACCAUAUUGCCUAGAAAGGAGUGCUGGGCCCUUACGAACUCGUCGGCUACAAAGACAGUGACCUCCUCCUCCUCCUGAAAGUCUGCGCUGAACAACGCCACCUGCUGACCACCACCGCCUUCCGCCUGCCGGUAAGCAAAAAAGCCAACUGGAUGCACCCCCAAUCGCGGCUCUGGUAGCUGCUGGGCUAUAUUCCCGUUCGGCGGCGCGGUCGGCAGGAUGUGAUAGUGACCAAGGCCAUUUGCGACGCCGUCAGCUGGGCGGACCACCGCCUAGUCAUCUCCAAGAUGAAGCUCGCCUGCAACCGCACAGGAGGCCACAAGAUAAGCGACCACGCUUUGUUGAAUUCGCCUAUUCACUGUUUGCAUUUCAGCAACCAACUGACCCAGCGGCCGGAAGAACUGCCAGCUGCAGAUGAAAGCGCCUCUGUGGAGACUCGAUGGUGCCAACUGCGGGACGCUGUCCAUUCGACCGGCCUGGGUGUCGUCGGCCGCACACGUCGUUAUCGGCAGGACUGGUUCAACGGCAACGACGCAGCCAUCACUAACCUGCUCGUCGUCGAGAAGAACAGGUUGCACAGAGCCUAA